AGUCGUCUCUAGCGCAGAACAGUACCCAUGAAAUUUGGCAGAAAAAUUAAUGCUGACUUAUACAACGAAUGGCGGGAAUUCUACCUGGAUUAUAACAAGCUGAAACGGGAGCUUAAGUCACGGACGACUUCUCAUUUGUGGACGGAUGAUGACGAGCUUUCUUUCGUUGGAAUGCUCGAAGUUGAGCUCGACAAGAUUCAUGAUUUCCAGAAACACAAGACAACGGAGCUUGCGCGAAGGAUUUCGGCAGCCGAGGCUAGUGUACAACGGCUUGUAAAGGAGGAAGAGGCAUACCACGCAUCAUUUUCUGGCCAGAACAAUGCAGCUCAGACGGAUGCACAGCAAAGAAAUGGGUACGGGACAAUGGUGGACCUAGAACGCCAACGUCGUGCGGGUGGUGACAAUGACGGGUCCGAUAGCGCAUCCGACGACGACUCUGAGGGCGAUACUGACAGCGGAAAGAGCUCUGAUACCUUUGAAGAGCAGUUCCGAUGGUUAGAAGAGGAGGUCGCUACCCUCGUUGCUGAUGUCCAUGAUUUGGCUCUGUAUUCCAAGCUGAACUUAACGGGAUUUAUGAAAAUUCUAAAGAAACAUGACAAACAAACGAGCCGAACCAUGAAGGAGACCUUUAUCCAUUCUUAUCUCGACAAACGCCCAUUCUACAAAUACAACUGGGACGGAUUGAUUGUUAAACUCUCUAAGCUGUACGACCUGGUACGGACACGCGGUCAUCCAAUCCAAGGUGAUUCUUCUGCUGGUGGGAAUCAGAGUGCAUUCGUGCGGCAGACAACAAAGUACUGGGUCCAUCCUGACAAUCUCGUACAUUUGAAACUUGCUAUUUUGCGUCAUCUUCCUGUACUUGUCUUUAAUGCAAAGAAGGACUUUGAACAGAAGGAUGCUGCUAUUACUUCUAUUUACAUGGACAACGAAGACUUGGAGCUUUAUCUCGGACGUCUCGAAAAGACAGAAGGGGCGGAAGCAAUUCGUCUUCGCUGGUAUGGAGACAUGGACGUUAAGCAGAUUUUCGUCGAGCGAAAAACGCACCGCGAAGACUGGACUGGCGAGAAGUCCGUAAAGGCACGUUUCCCCAUCAAGGAAGCGAAUGUCAACGCUUUCCUGCGUGGGGAGUAUACCAUGGAUGACGAGUUUAGGCAACUUGUAAAGAAAGGGAAGAAAACCGAGCAAGAAGUCGAAUCGAUGAUUCAACUUGCUAAUGAAGUGCAAUAUGCCAUUGUUACAAGGAAACUAAAGCCAGUCAUGCGCACGUUCUACAAUCGCACGGCGUUUCAACUUCCUGGUGAUGCACGUGUUCGCAUUUCGCUGGAUACGGAGCUUACAAUGGUGCGUGAAGACAACUGGGAUGGCCGAAGACGAUCUGGAGACAACUGGCGCCGAAUGGACAUUGGCAUUGAUCAUCCUUUCUCGCAACUUCCGUCUGAGGACAAGGAAUUGUUCAGGUAUGGCGUUCUGGAAGUAAAGCUACAGACUCAGUACGGCCAGGAACCGCCAGAAUGGGUGACUGAACUGGUUCAGUCACAUCUUGUCGAGGCGGUUCCGAAAUUCAGUAAAUUCAUUCAUGGCUGCGCGACGCUUCUUCCUCAUCGUGUCGACCUUGUACCGUUUUGGCUCCCACAAAUGGAUAUUGAUAUUCUCAAACCGGAUACUGGAAGAAUGCACAUCGAACGACCUACUCAUAGUGCUACACCAUCAACAGUGGAGACGCCUGAUGUCGCAACCCCUGAUUAUGAACGCCAGCGACCAUAUACGGAACCAGUCUCUGAGGGUGAAGAAGAUGACGAAUAUGCUCUUGCACCUGCGCAGCACGAAGACAAGGCAACUGGUCUGAGUGGAGAAGCGUUUGCCGCGGCAAUUGCUGAACGGAAUCACUCGCUCGAAAAGGAUCGUGCAGAAAAGUCGCGAUCAGUCGCCAAACAAUCAGGACGGAGUGGUGAUGGCGAAGAAUAUGCAGCAGAUGAUGAACGUGCACCUCUGUCCAAUGGUAGACGAGGGUUUUUGCACCCUCCAGCACCAAUGUCACGCCAGAAAGCACGUAGUUUAUCGAUUGAUCCUCUUGCACCCUCGCAGGCAUUCGACGAGACGUUUAGGAAUAAACUAACGGUUGUAUCUUCAGAACAAGAUGAGAGUGCGAUUGAUGAUCCAGAUAGCGAGGCGGUUAUUGGCCCGCCUGGAAGGAGACUGCGAGGAGACGAUCGGGAACUGGUGCGGUUCUGGAAAUCGUCGCCUGGGCGGCGGAUAGCUGUGCCCGUUCGAAUUGAGCCGAAGGUGUAUUUUGCGUCGGAGCGCACGUUCCUUACCUGGCUCCAAUUUGGCGUUCUCAUAGGUGGGAUUUCAGCAGCCCUCCUCAACUUCGUACCACCGGACGACACACGCGGACUCAUCGCUGCAUCGCUCUUCACCUUCGCCGCACUUCUCGCCAUCGCAUAUUCCUGCACUAUCUUCGUCUAUCGUGCGAUCAAGUUGCGAAAACGCCAUGCCGAGGGAUUAUAUUAUGAUAAAUGGGGACCCUCGGUGUUGUGUUUUGUCCUUGGCGCCGCGUUGUUAACGAACGUUGGCUUACGCUUUGGAGAGAUGUAGGGGCUUCUCUUCUCUUCUCUUCUUUUCUUUAUUGUGAGUGAUUUAGGUUAGUUGGAGGGGGAAGAGAUGUGAUGGUGCACUCUGAACGACUUUUUACGUGAUCAUGCAUUCAAUAACUGGCACUAGCAUUUUUGUUUUCUUGAUUCCUUUUCUUGGCUUGU